AUCAUUAGAGAAACACGAAACUUUUAUUUUCGAAAUUGUUUUGAAGGGGCUUAGAACUCACGUGUAAAAAAAUUCACAAUCUGAAUUUGAAACCCCACUUUUCUACUUUUCUACUCUACAUUUCAUUUCUUAGAAAAAUACUCUACAAACGAGUAUUAUACCGUUGUCACGAGGUCACCGAGGGCACGAUUCACUUAAUUCUAUGAAUUUUUAAAAGCGGCAAUUUGUAUACACGACGCUGCCGCCCGCUAGAUGUCAGAGUCGACUGGUAAUACAUUGAAACGAACGCGAGCAAAUUUAGACCUUGAAAGAAUCAUAAGGAAAAUCAUGCUGCGCAGACUAUUAUCUCUGCGAUCCAAGACGGAGAAAGCCGAGACGGAGAAAAAUAAUGAUGAUGCAGAAAAAAUGAAUACAGAUAACAGCAGCGAAUGUCAAACUGAGAAAGCCCCUAGUGUUCUCAAAACAGACCAAGGUGGCUCGAUGACUGUUGAAAAUGGCUCGGAUAAGAAUAUCAACUCACUGGUUAUGAAGAACGUGAUAAAGGAAUCAAAUUCUUGUCCUGAAAUCGACAAGGAAACAGACGAAAAGAAGGACAUUGGAACAGAAAAGUCAACUUCCGACCACAAUCGAGAGCAGACCCCAGAAAUACCUGACAAUUUAUUCGACGAACCUGAAGAAAACUUUGGUGGUAGAAAAGAAGAAGAAAGACUUUGCGAAAACAAAGAGAUUACAUGCGAGGACAAGAAAAGCGAAAUCAUCGAAAAAUUGAAGAGAGUAGAAUCCGAAGCGGAAUCAGAUACCAGUCCCUCUGAAGGUGCACGGUCAGAUCUGGACGAGAAGGACAGUGGAAUCGAGAAAUGCGGCGAUUCACCAAUUCCCCCAGAAGAAUCCCAAGAGGCCGUUCUUGUGAAAGAAGCCUGUGUAGGCAGACUUGACUUGUCAAACACAACUCUACAAGUCCUAACCCCUGUAAGUUUCAAACCAAGGCGCAACAUACGGCGAACCAACUCCGAGCGCAGGCCAAAAGGUAUGACAAAGCCUGUCGACGUAGACUCGGAGUAUUCUGACAGCUCACCGGAAAAGACCCUGCGAAGUAGACGAAACAUGCGCGUCAGCUAUCUAAGCUUUCCUCAACGAUACGUGCGAAGCUCAUUGGCUGUAGAGGCGCGACUGUCACAGUGGCGCAAAGAAACCAUUCCCGCCACAGAGGGACAUAUUGUUACGCAGGGGAGGGGGGUACAGUCAAGGAGUGCCCAGGGAAGUAAGGCGGGGACACCUUCGAGCAUGCGCAAAGGGAUUUUAAAGCAAGGUGAUGAAUCUUCGGCGCCAAAAACGAGACGACGCCAAAGUCGCGAGAGAAGAGCCUUGCCCAGUGGUUUCUGGGAUUCUUCGGACAGCGGGCUCAGCGACGACGAAACACAAGCGCGCAUGCGUAUGCCAGUAAGGAAAAUCCACAGCAACAAAAGCGCACUGCGCAAGCGCAUUGACGACCUGGAGGGGAUGCUUGCAAUAAUGACUCAGCAGAAACGCGACCUGGAGCACGUGAUCGAGAUACUACGAUGCUGGUCAGCGGACCUCCGUGAAGUAGAGCGAACUAAGCUAGGAGUACCGUACAUUCGCUCCGUCAAACAAAUAUUGAAAAAGCAAAGCAAGUCGCUGUGUGACCAAAAAAGCGAGUUCAACAAGCUCGUCUCCAUUCUACAGGACGCGCAGAUUCCAUGUAUCGAUGACGUCAUAAAAUUUAUCCUACAACUGCGCCAUGAAGUGGGUGCAAUCGUGCACGAUAAAAGACGCUACAAUGUGCAGUGCGUUGAGCGCGUGCGGCACUUACAGGGCUGCGUGACAGGCACGUGCACAGCCAUCAAAGACGUGUACUACGAAGCAUAGCAGACAAAUAAAGCAGCACGUGGUCGGCACGUGCACAGCCAUCGAGGACGCGUGUUGAAAAAUAGCCUUCUGUAUUGGGUGUUAAGCGCGUGCAGAGCCAUCGAGGACGGGUACUUUUGUCUAUCGCGUGCGUGGUGUCCGUGUGGCUCCACGCAUCUAAAUAGGUCAGGAAGAUCGGGUUAUCAGCAAAGGACAAAUAUAGGAUAAAAUGUGAACAAUGUUCACGGCAUGUUAUAUUUCAAAUACAUAGCAUAAGAGGCAUUUUAACUGAACAGCUUGUGAUGCUGUAGUCAGGGGACAUUAGAAACCACUCCACGCACUUUGUUUAGUCCAGUUCUCUCGUUGGAAAAAAAAAUUAAUUGGUAAAUGUGUAAAUAGAACCUGAGAACGAAAAAACAGAAAAGAGUUUACAGUGUUGAAAUCACAGAACUAACAAUAAACAACAAUUGUGUGAA